CUGUAACUAUGGCUGAAAACCAAGGUGUAAGUGCUUUUCCCCUUCCUCCCAGCAAGUAUGUUAACAUGUACACGGAUGAAAAUGUGAAGCGAGGGAGAGCACCAUUACCACCCCCUCCUAUUCAGGACACAUAUACCAUGUUUGGAGCUCAGUUCAAUGCUGAUGAUGCUAUUAUCAGACCUUUAGAAUCUCAGGGAUUUCGAAGACUGCAUCCUCAAAACUACGAUCAUAAAAGAGAGCUGAAGAAGUUGAAUCAUUCUAUUCUUGUCAACUUCUUAGAUUUGAUAGACAUUCUGAUCAAGGCUCCAGACUCCACCAAGCGCACAGAGAAACUGGAGGACCUGAAUUUGCUGUUCAUUCACAUGCACCAUUUAAUCAACGAGUUCCGGCCUCAUCAGGCGCGCGAGACACUCCGUGUCAUGAUGGAGAGACAGAAAAAAGAGAGAGCACAAAUAUCUAAGAACUUUGAGACUCAUCUAAAUAAAGUAAAAGAACUGAUUCAGACCAGUCUGCAAAGUUUGCCUGAGGACUUUAGCUUUGAUUCCAAGAGUUUAGUCAAAACUGAACUUCUACAAGCAUCUCAACAUCACAAUGGGUAUGACAUGGAGACUGAACCGUGUGACCAACUAGACAGAAUGAUGUGUGACAUUGUAGAUGGAAUGGGAUGAACUUAAGGGUUGCUUGAUUUUCCAAUAUUGUAGCUAGAAUGAGAUAAACAUUAUUUGCCUACUUGUAUACUAAGUUUGUUUGAUAAUGCUUUGUAUUAUCAACAGUACUGGUCUACUCUAAAUAUUAUUGUGUGAAUAGUUCAUGAAUACAUGUACAUGUGAAGUAAAUUAACAAUGAUGCAAAUAACAUUGUGACACUGUGUAUAUUAAAAUUGCAUAAGCUCAUA